AUCAAUUUGGGAUGUGGGGAGAAGGAUGAAGAUGCAGAGGACCAGUGAAGAGUUUGAAUUCGAGCCUGCACUGCAUUUCCGUCUUGUUCUUGGUUGUCUCCUUGGUUCUGAGUUCUAGGAAAGUGACGUGGAUUUUCUGCAUGAGAUAAUGGUGUGCAAAAAGGAAGUUUCUUGCUCCUGCGUGGUUGCUGGCUGCUCACCCCAUCGCUCUGAGCGCCGACUUCGUCAUCUUAGGAAUAUUGCAGCGCGUAACAUUAUCAAUAAGAAUGGUUAUCGCCUCCUGGAUACGUACUUCACCCUUCACCUGUGUGAUAACACCAAGAUAUACAAAGAAUUUUAUAAGAGUGAAGUGAUCAAGAACUCUCUGAAUCCAACGUGGAGGAGUCUGGACUUCGGAAUAAUGCCCGAUCGUCUCGAUACAUCCGUCUCAUGUUUUGUUGUGAGGAUCUGGGGUGGCAAGAAGGAGCACUUCCAGCUUUUGAUCGAAUGGAAGGUCAACCUAGAUGGCUUAAAGUACUUGGGACAGCAGAUACAUGCAAGAAACCCAAACGAGAUUAUUUUUGGUCUCAACGAUGGUUAUUAUGGAGCUUCAUUUGAACAGAAGGAUCACUCAGGUGCCCUGAAGAAUAGUCUCCUCCAAGUGGAUCAGAACUGUGUUCGUAACUCGUACGAUGUCUUCUCUUUGCUUAGGCUUCACAGAGCCCAGUGUGCAAUUAAACAGACUCAGGUAACUGUUCAGAAAAUAGGAAGGGAGAUUGAAGAAAAGCUGAGAUGUACAUCGACAAGCAAUGAACUGAAAAAGGAGAGUGAAUGUUUACAGCUGAAGAUCCUGGUGCUACGUAAUGAACUGGAGAGACAGAGGAAGGCCCUUGGUCACGAAGUAGCCUCGUUGCAUAAGGAAAAGAAUACUUUGCAUGACCGAGAAAACGCGUUUGAGACUGAAUACCAGAAGCUUCAAGAGCAUAACGAAUCUCUGCAUGAAUUAAGAAAAGAAUGCACUGCUAAGAGAGAACUGUUUUUGAAGACAAAUGCCCAGCAGACCAUUCGAUGCAAGCAGUUGCUGUCGGAGCUGUCUUACAUCUACCCUAUUGAUCUGAAUGAUCAAAAGGAUUACUUUGUUUGUGGAGUCAAGCUUCCUAAUUCUGAAGACUUUCAAGAAGCAAACCCAUAUGCCUGCCUGUGUAAGGGUCAUACAGCAAAAGAUGACGGGAGCAUUGCCGUUGCCCUGGGCUACACCGCUCACUUGGUUUCCAUGAUAUCCUACUUCUUACAAGUGCCACUCAGGUAUCCCAUAAUCCACAAGGGCUCCAGGUCUACAAUCAAAGAUAACAUCAAUGACAAACUGACAGAGAAGGAGCGAGAAUUUCCUUUAUAUCCAAAAGGAGGGGAGAAGCUUCAGUUUGAAUAUGGAGUGUAUCUUCUCAACAAAAAUAUAGCACAGCUUAGAUAUCAACACGGGCUGAGUACUCCAGAUCUAAGGCAAACUCUUCCUAACCUGAAAAAUUUCAUGGAGCUUGGGCUAAUGGUUAGAUGUGAUCGACACCAUACAUCCAGUGCAAUUCCAGUUCCAAAGAGACAGAGCUCCAGCUUCGGCAGAUUGGACGUCGGCUUUUCCAGUGGGCUUCCUUCUCCGGAUAAAGGACUCCGAAAACGAGCCAGCACGGGAAACGAGAGACUGCAGCACAAGACUCCUCCUCCUAGUUACAACUCCGCUUUAACGCAGCCUGUAGCCAUCGCAGUGGGAGAGUUGGAUAAAAAACCUGCCUCCAUACCUUCCUCCUUCGAUACCUCUGCGGACUCCUCGAAAGGGAUCGCCAAGAAAGGAGAGGACUCGUGCGGCAGUUUGAACGGAGAAAACGGGAGCCUGAACAGUAGCCAAGACCGGCAGGAAUCUUUCGUAGGACAUACUAGUGCAAUAAACGGGGCGUUGCUGCCCGGGGAGUGCGCUGGCACCGCCAGCAGCGAGCAGCCUUGUGAGUUUCGGCCCCCGCUCGGCCCCGUCCUUUGCUGCACCGUGGAGCAAGCGGAGGAGAUAAUGGGGAUGGAAGCGACGGGGUUCAGCUCGGGAGAUCAGCUCGAAGACUUUAACUCCAUCCCGGUGGAGCACGCCGUGGCGGUGGAGUGUGACGAACAAGUCCUAGGGGAGUUUGAGGAGUUCUCUCGAAGGAUCUAUGCACUGAACGAAAACAUGUCCAGCUUCCGCAGACCGCGUAAAAGCUCGGACAAGUGAGCUUGGAUGGGGGGGGGGAGGUUGAGAGCAGACGUUGGGGUGAAAUCAGUGAUCUGGAAUAGAGAUAAAAUUGCACUUAUUCUUUAUAUUAAUUAUAUAUAUUAAAAAAGAAAAACCUUAAAGCUAUUCCUAUGGUGUUAGAAAAAAUGACUUGUUACUGAGCACGAUAACACAGGAUCAUGGUAUAUUCACAGCCCAGGUAAAUUUUGAUUCUGCUUCCAGUCCUCUUAUGUCUGGUAUUUAUAAUCUGUUUUUUGUUUUGUUGGUUUUUUUUUUUUUUUAAGGCAGUGGAGUCCACUUAUAAAUGCUUUCCUGGAGAAAAAAAA